AUGUGGCGGCUGUAUAUGAAACAACCUUUCACAGAUACAAUAAGGAUAACAAAGCAAAGCGUAUAUUUUCAGUUUAACUAUACUCUUCUAUUUUCUGUUGGUAUGCCAAAUUCUCUAAGUGAUCGAACGGUUAUCGAGGAGGAAAGCGCUCUGUACGAUGACAUUCUGCAAUUCGAUUUCGACGAUACUUAUCGGAAUCUGACAUUGAAGCACUUGGCCGAGCUACGUUAUCUGCACGUCUGUGACGAAAACGUGGUGAUACUCAAAAUGGACGACGAUGUUGGUUGGGAUGUUCAACGUGUUUCCGAGUUCGUGAGGAAUAACCUAACUUCACACGAACUCUACUGUUCUCGGCGUGCUGGUCAUAAACCGUUUCGAAAUCCGAAAUCAAAAUGGGUCGUAACGAAGGAUGAGUGGAAAGAAACAGUCUAUCCACCGCACUGUCUCGGAUGGUUUUACUUGGUCCCCGUCUCAGUCGUGAGAAAGAUGCUCAGCGUGAUUUAUCUCCAACGCUUCUCUGUGGGUAAACUAUUUGUAGAGCUAACGAUAGAUGAUAUUUUUAUUACUGGAGUUCUUCGCCAAGCAGCUAAUGUCAGCAUUACGAACAUGGACACGAUUUCUGGAAACGUACAUUAUCCAAAACCGCCCUAUGGAAAUGCUUUCUCACGGCAGAAGAAAUUAUGUCCGCCAUUGGUCUUUGCUGCAAAACCGAUGACAACUAUCGUUAAAAUAGAGCAUUAUCAAAAAGACAGAUUCGAUUUGCGUUUUUCUCAUGUAGAAGCUUUAUGUUGA